AUGUUUGAAUCAAGGGAUGACCGUGGGAGAAAGCCGAUUGAGUUCAGAGCUGUUGAAGCUUUGGGAUCGGGUUUUGAUUUUGCUAGUGAUUUCAGGUUGAAGUUUGUCAAGAAAAGGCCUGAUGGCGGUAAGUUGGUGUACUUGGAUGAGAAGAAUCGGCGGGAUAUCGUGAUUCCGGCGGUCGCUGGCGGUGGUGGAAGUUCAGGGGCUGGACCAGUUAUCCCAGAUGUGUCGCAAAGCAUUAAAUGUGAUAAAGGGGACCGCAUUCGAUUCAAGUCUGAUGUCCUUGAAUUUAAUCAAAUGUCGGAGUUACUAAAUCAGAAAUCGUCAGUGCAGGGCAAAGUUCCUUCAGGAUAUUUGAAUGCUCUUUUUGAUUUAAGUGGAGCCUGGUUGAAUGAUUCUGGAGAUGUGAAACAUCUUGCUUUUGAUGGUUAUUUUAUCUCAUUGUACUAUCUACACCUCACUGCAUCCCCAUUAGUUCUCCAUGACCAAGUGAAGAAAUCUGUACCAUCUCAGUGGGAUCCUGCUAAACUCUCUAGGUUCAUUAAGACCUAUGGAACGCACAUAGUUGUAGGUUUUGCUGUUGGUGGCCAGGAUGUAAUCUGUGUCAAGCAGAAACCCUCGUCAACUAUUUCUCCUGCUGAACUUAAAGGGUAUCUGGAAGACCUUGGAGAUAUUAUUUUCUCUGACGGAAUUAGUACUCUACAGGAGAGAAAAUCAAAGGAUGGAAAGGAAAAGGUUCCCGAGGUUUUCCAUCGUAUGUUACAGUCACAUACCAUGCAGUUUACUAGUAUUACCGAAACGUCAAGCAAAGAUGGACUCACUCUCAUAUGGUCAAAAAGAGGAGGUGAUGUGUUUGCACAAAGUCACUCAAAUUGGCUUCAGACGGUGGCUAGCAACCCAGAAGCCAUUCUCUUCAAACUUGUACCUAUUACUUCUCUACUUACUGGAAUCCCGGGAAGUGGCUAUCUUAGUCAUGCCAUAAACUUGUAUCUUCGCUACAAGCCUUCUUUGGAGGAUUUACAGUAUUUCUUGGAAUUCCAAGUCCCUAGACAGUGGGCACCUCUUUAUUGUGAGCUGCCUCUGAGACAUCAGAUACGGAAUGCUCCAUCUCCUCCAUUGCAGUUCAGUUUCUUAGGUCCAAAAAUUCUUGUGAACUCCGCUCAGGUUUCGAGUGCCAAGAAACCAGUUAUUGGCUUGCGGCUUUAUCUAGAAGGCAGAAAAUGCAAUCGGUUGGCUAUACAUGUGCAGCACCUUUCAAGUCUCCCAAAUACCAUGACAUUCACUUCAGCUGAUGGUAGCAUGCCAAAGCCAUGUCAAUGGCGAGGUUCUGAUGAAUUAGAAUCAGAUCUCCAAUUUCUAGAACCAGUCAGAUGGAAGAAAUUCUCAAACAUAUGCUCUUCUGUGGUAAAACACGAUCCAAGCUGGUUAAAUGGAGAUUCAAGUGGUGUUUUUGUAGUAACAGGUGCACAACUCGUCACCAAGGGGAAUUGGCCAAAGAAUGUACUUCAUCUCCGUUUGCUUUAUACUCACUUACCAAAUUGCUCCAUUCGGAAGACAGAAUGGGCUGUUGCACCCGAAGCUUCGCGCAAGUCCAAUUUUCUCACAAAUCUCAGCACCACAUUUACAUUCACACAGAGAGCAGUCAAUGAUACUCCGAAGCAGCAUCCAGCCGUCCUCAAUUCGGGUGUAUACCCUGAUGGUCCUCCGGUACCAGUUCGAUCCACAAGGCUGCUUAAGUUUGUUGAUACAACAGAAAUUUCAAGAGGACCAUAUGACACACCAGGUCACUGGUUGGUAACUGCAGCUAAGCUGACAACUGAAGGUGGUAAAAUCGGGUUGCAUGUAAAGUUUGCACUGUUGGAUUUUGAACAGGAAGAUUAG